GAAUCAAGAUAAUCUAUACUCUAGUAGUCAUAGGGGAACAAUGGCACUCACAGGAGAGGUUGAAAGCACUUCUACUUCCCUUACUUCACAUACUGUAUAUGAUUCCUCAACUAUCAUGAUCUCUGUAUCUGCUCCCUGGAGAUUAUGUGGAAAACUAUUAUGCAUGGACUCACUGGAGCUAAGGAAAAGCAAUGCUUUCAUGACAGUUGGACUUCUCAUUCUUCCUCUUUUUCCUAUUGGGACAUUGGUCAUCCAGAAUAUCAUAACACUGGCUUCUGUAGUGACUCUGAGAACUGGUCUUGUUGGAACAACUCACUUUGCAACUGAAAGUUAUGAGAUGGGUAGAUGUAUAACUCAGCUUCAGCAAGAACGGGGAUUAAUGACAUAUUAUCUAUCUGGGCAGAGAACUAAUGAGCAAUCAGCUCAAAUAUUGGAGAGAUUAAAGGAUACGUUUUAUUUGACGGAUCAGAUGAUUCUAGAUAUAUCGAACUGGGAGACAGACAAGGAAAAUCAAUUUAUGUUUUAG